AUGGAAAAGUCCGUUGAGAAUAGCCAUACUGAUUUGACGCGGGAAGAUGUGAAGAGGGGGAUAGACGGAGCUAAUCUCAGUAAAGACAUAUAUGAGAAUCGUACACCUCAACAGACUUCCAAAGCUGUCCCUCACGGUGUCGAAAAGUGGAAACGCGGUGACAGGAAGCUACGUACUGAUGUUAUCUCGCAAAUGCGGAUUAACCUUUGCAGCGGAGAACAUAACCUUGCUUCCCCUUCCGGGAGCACCGCCAAACCUAGUGGUGACCAGAUGCAGAAACGAACGCAAGAGACGAACGUAGAAUCUACAGGGGAGCCAAGUUCGGACAGUGAAGAGGAAGAUCAAGCACAAAAUUUCCUUGUCAAAGAUCCCAAUGCUGAACUACCGCCUGAACACUGGCAAAUCGGAAAGUUGGUUAAGUAUAUAAGAGGUGGUAACCAAACAUCAACGACUAUAUCCUUGUGCGCUCUUUACGAUAUGCCGCUGAAUACUGAGGUUUGUCAACUGGCUGUUCGUGAUACUGGAGGUGUGGAGGUUUUAGUAAAUCUCCUGGAAACCGAUGAAGUUCGCUGUAAACUUGGAGCUCUCAAAAUCUUGAAAGAGAUUUCACAAAAUCCAGAGCUGCGAAGAGCCAUCUCUGACCAGGGUGGCAUCCCUCCGAUGGUCGAGCUGCUGCGUUCACCGAAUCGCGAUCUUAAGUGCCUCAGCGCAGAAGCGAUUUCUAAUGUAGCUAAAUUCGCACGAGCUCGACGUACUGUGGCCUUGUUGGAUGUAACCAACCACUGCGGGGACGUGAGGAGUCCGGAAGUAGAGCGUGACCUUGAGGUGGCUCGAUGCGGCGCCCUCGCCCUCUGGUCCUGCUCCAGGUCUGCGCGGGCCAAGGCGGCCAUGAAGAAGGCGGGUGUGAUCUCACUCCUCGCCCGCCUCCUUAAGUCGCCCUACGAGGCGCUCCUCAUACCCACCGUCGGCAUUCUUGAGGAGUGCGCCUCCGAGCAUGAUUAUCGCGUCGCCAUUCGCACGGAAGGGAUGAUCGAGGACCUUGUAGCCCACUUACGAGCUCAAAACGAGGAACUUCAGAUGCACUGUGCGGCAACGAUUUUUAAAUGUGCUGUCGAACAAGAAACACGCGAUCUAGUUCGUCAAUAUGGCGGCUUGCCACCACUGAUUGAACUGCUUUCGGUCAAUGAAAAUAAGGAACUCCAGGCCGCUGCUACGGGAGCUAUUUGGAAGUGUGCAGUUUCAUUUGAAAACGCAAAGGAGCUUCAAAAGGGUGAUGUUAUUUCCAAGUUGGUUGCAAUUCUGAUGCAGCAACCCGAAGAGGUACUGGUUAAUGUCGUCGGGGCCUUGGGGGAGAUGGCAACAAACAAGAAUAACAUCGCGCUCAUCCGACAAGCAAAUGGUAUACCACCUCUGAUUGCACUGCUUACGGGUACCAACGAGGACCUCUUAAUCAACACAACCCGUGCUCUUGGCCGUAUAGCUGAAGACCAGGAAAGUGUACCGGUAAUUGAAAAGAACGACGGCGUCCGUCUCUUGUGGUCUCUCAUGAAAACUAAUAAUCCAAGUGUUCAAGCCAAUGCAGCCUGGGCUCUGUGCCCCUGCAUUGAAAACGCCAUUGAAGGAGGUGAGAUGGUUCGUUCCUUUGUGGGCGGUCUUGAACUCGUCAUCAGUCUCCUGCGUUCACCUUCAAUGGAGGUGCGAGCGGCGAUCUGUGGCGUUAUCUCGAAAAUUGCUAAAGAUGAGGAGAACCUUGCCGUAAUCACUGACCACGGCGUUGUUUCUCUGCUCUCUGAACUAUCCUAUACGACAGAGGACUCAAUUCGACGACCGCUGGCAGAGGCGGUGGCUCGGUGCUGUUGUUGGGCCACUAAUCGUAGCGACUUCGGUAAGAACGGAGCCGUGGAACCUCUGGUGUGUUACCUCAAGUCCGAGGACCCCGCCGUCCAAUGCGCCACUGCCAAGGCCCUCUACCAACUUAGCAGGCACCCCGAGAAUUGCGUUGUUAUGCAUGCUGCCGGUGCCGUAAAAUACCUCGUCGAUUUGGUCAGCUCUAAUAAUGAGGAGUUACAGGAGGCGGCGUCAUCAUGCAUCGCCAACAUUCGGCGCAUCACCCUGGCUCACGUGAAGGCGCAACAGGAGUGGCAAGCGCGGGAGACGCGGCAACAGUUCGUUCGCCACAUGGAGGCUCAAUUGCCUCGUCUCACUAGUCCCGGCCAGGCUUUCCCCCGGCCCCAGAACUUCUAUGAUCUCUCCCACGACAACAACUCUAAAAACGCCUUGAAGAGUCCUUCAAAGUCGUUGGGGACCUUUGGCGUCGAUGAAGCCUUCCACUCCACCUAA